AUGGGGGUUGUUGUUCUGUCUUGUGGACAUAGAACUCGUGCAAGUUCCACCUCACCACCCCAUCGUCCAUAUGAAGAUCACCGGCACGGCUCUGAUCUUAAUCAUUCAGGUGCGCCGCCGCCUCCUCGUGGGCGUGAGUUCAGCGGCAUAAGGGAAUCUUCUGGGAGAUACAUAGACUAUUCACCACCACGCCAUAAAUUUCUAGAUUUCAGAUGCAGAAACUUGAACUUUGCGAGGCGAGAAGUGUGUUACAAGUGCAAUAGGCAUCGCUAUGCACGUGUCAAUAGUCCGCCACCACCUCCCAUGAAUCUUUCUCCAAGAAGAAACUUCAACGGCUACAGGUCUUCUCCUCCAAGUGGCUACCCUAGAGACUACCCUCCACCAAGACUUGACCAUCCCACAUGGAAAGAUGGGUUACUCAGACCUUGA